CCUCGUUCAACUUUCAAUCACUGGUUGGUUUGUGUCGUUCCCGGACAUUACGCAGGCCCAAGGGUCGCAAAACUCCAUUCAGUAUGGCCGAAGAUGGCAUGCUGCUGAACUUUGCGCUGGGCGAGCCUGUUGUCCGCAACAACAAAUUCAAAGGUGGGAAUUGGAGGGAACGUCUACAAGCCAAGAGAGACGCUCAAAGAGGUGGGAAACGACGUUCUACCGACCCAAACAAAGUCGCUCUCCCGAUAACGAGGCCUGGCAAACAUUCUACUGUCACAAGAGAGCAGGGUGCAGACUUGACAGACCCACGGCCCACGAAACGACGUCGAGACAGUGACUAUACUCCUUCCUUCAGCAAACAUGAAUCUCGAAUUCACCUACAAGGCCAGGGAUCCACACACAGCAAACCGAACUCUGGCCCUCGAGAAGUCAUAUCUUCCCUUUUCUCAUACAACCCCGAGCCCACCAACAUUCAAGAGCCGGAGCCUUCUCAUGACGAGAAACCUGCCCUCCCAUCUAAUGCCCCGCUCGUUGAUGGCAUUGACACAUUUACCUCGCUUGGACUUUCGCCUACCAUUGCUACUCACCUCCUUACCAAGAUGAACCUUAAAGCACCUACCGCAAUUCAAAAAGCCUCAAUCACACAGUUAGUAAAGGAAGAUAGUGAUGCAUUUAUGCAGUCUGAGACUGGAUCUGGGAAAACUUUAGCGUACCUUUUACCCAUCGUACAGCGCAUCAUGACUUUGUCUGAGCUGUCAAAAGGCCAAACACAGGGAGUCCAAGAUGUCGCCGUGCAUAGGGAUUCGGGAUUAUUUGCCAUUAUCCUGGCGCCUACUCGAGAAUUGUGCAAGCAAAUCUCAGUAGUCCUUGAGCGGUUACUCGGCUGCGCAAACUACAUCGUGGCAGGCACUGUGAUCGGAGGUGAAAAGAAAAAAUCAGAAAAAGCCCGUCUACGGAAAGGCCUGAACAUUUUGGUGGCCACUCCAGGUCGGUUGGUUGAUCAUCUCGAACAUACCAAAGCACUCAGCGUUGGUACUGUUCGUUGGCUUGUGCUUGAUGAAGGUGAUCGUCUGAUGGAUUUGGGCUUCGAAGAAGAAAUUGGCAAGAUUGUGCAAGCCCUGGACCAGAAGAAAAGAAAGUCAAGCCGACAGGGGCUGCCCGAACGACGCACCACAGUUUUGUGUUCAGCCACUCUGAAAAUGAAUGUACAGAAACUUGGCGAAAUCAGUCUGAAGGACGCCGUGCUCAUCAAAGGGGAAUCUGAAGGCCAAGAAACCUCUAAUGAAUCACACGACAACGGUACAGAUACAGCAUUCCUUGCGCCCGCUCAGCUCAAGCAAUCUUAUCUGGUCACAGCUGCAAAGUUGAGACUAGUCACCCUUACUGCCUUGUUGAAACGCACAUUCGCACGAAAAGGGUCUGUCAUGAAGGCCAUUGUUUUCAUGUCAUGCGCAGAUUCAGUCGAGUUCCACUAUAAGGCCUUUUCCAGGGCACCAGAGAGUACGGUCGAGACCGAGGAGGCUGCCACUCAGCAACCUGACGCAGAUGACGAUAAUGACAAGCCUACAACAGCCCCUUCAAACGUCGAGUCGGAUUCGAUCGCAUCAUCUCCACUCCUAUCGUCCCCGCAGAACCCCAUCACCCUUUACAAACUACAUGGCUCCCUGCCGCAAGCUACAAGAACAUCAAUCGUCAAGCACUUUGCCAACACAACCGAACCCUCGCUACUCAUCGCCACGGACGUGGCUUCUCGAGGUCUUGAUCUGCCCAAUCUCGACUUAGUCAUCGAGUAUGACCCAGCUUUCAGUUCAGACGACCACCUUCAUCGCAUUGGACGAACCGCUCGACUCGGGCGUGAUGGCCGCGCAAUUAUAUUCCUGUUGCCUGGAAAAGAGGAAGGUUACGUGGAAGUGCUGAAAAAGUCGUACAAAUCUUCCGCCGAAGCCGACACCACCCGAAACGUAACUCAUAUGGCCGCUGAUGACGUUCUCAAGAAAGGUUUCUCUGCUCUAGCGGGCGUCGUCCCCACAGCAAAAUCCAUGAAGAACUCAAAAGUACCCGAGAGCAAUGCAAGUUGGGAUGCCAAAGCAACCGAAUUCCAACUCGAGGUCGAGCGCUGGGUCCUUGGCGAUGCCAAAAUCAAAGAAGCUGCCAAGCGUGCUUUUCAGAGCCAUGUCAGGGCAUAUGCGACUCAUAUUGCCGCCGAGAGAAAAUGGUUUGAUAUCAAAGAGCUACACCUGGGACAUCUGGCCAAAGCAUUCGGUCUUCGUGAUCCGCCAGGUCGAGUCAAUGUCAUUGGACAGGGUCGUGCAGGUGGCGGCAAGAAUGAGAGACGGAGACCUACGGGUGAUGGUGCAACGAAAGGUGAUGGUGGUCAGGAUGGCCGUGGUAAUCCCGAGGCAACGACAGAUCAGGAUGAAGCAGCAAAGAAGAUGCGUGACAAGAUCAGGGCACAGAGGAAGAUGAUGAUGGGCGGCGGAGCAGAUGAAUUUAACAUUGCAUGAGCAACGAAGGGAAAUGAAUGAUGUCUCUUUAAUAGAAGUCUCGUUGGAGUAUAUUAUGUUGUCGUCGCGAGAUCAAUGCCUUGGGCCUCCAUUCAAUACCCAUGGAUAGCCCUGAAAAUCGGUGAAGUGAUUGAGGUCUCUGGAAGUCCUAUUUAUAUAUACUAG